AUGGACAUGCAGGAUCACAUCUCUGCAUAUGAAGGACACAUACUGCUAUAUACCGAUACUAACUCCGUCUGGUGUAAAGUUUUUCCGUCCUUUCUUUCUGCCCUGGCCCAUACCUGGUUCAAAAGCGUACUACCGGCAACUGUCUUUGACUUUCGGCAGCUUACGCCCAUGUUUGUGAUGCACUUCGUUAGUAACAAGCGCAGGGAGAAAACCACCGACGAGCUGAUGUCUAUCAAGCAAGGAGAAAAAGAGAGCUUGAGGGAUUAUAUAGGUCGUUUUAACUCUGAAGCCGUCACCAUUCCCAGCCUGCAGCAGGAGGUCGCAGUCCUAGCACUGAUGACUGGUUUGAAGGAAGGAACUGCCUUUAGAAGCUACCUGGGUCUUAAGAAGUUAACUAAUUACCUGACUGAAGUCCUGGGUAAGGCCAAUGAGUUUAUCAGGGGAGAGGUGUUCAACAAGGCGGCAACUGCAAAGCGAUCCGAGGGAGACAGAAAGGAGAAAGAUAAGGACGAGGGAAAAUACCGAAAAGACAAAAAGUCGGAUGGAUCUAGAAGAAAGGAGGAGAGUAACUCUAUGAAGGGGGACAGGAAGGGCGAUCCAACUGUUAUCACAAUUACACUCCUUUGA